UGAAGCGCGACAGACGAAUGACAACAACAGAAUUGUGUAAGUGUCCGAGCAGCAGUCUGUGUGGGUCUGUCUUCUGACGAGCUGAGGACAUGUCUCUGUGUCUGCGGUUAACUUUCUGUCCUUCAGCGAGAAGACUGCUGCAGUCCCACAGUUUAACUACAGGAUGUUCCCGGGCAGCCAGCGGGGCGGUGAAAGACAAGGAGCCGUUAAAGAAAGCUAAAACCCCUCAGGGUCGGUUUGACAGCCCCGAGGAGAAGAGCAAAGAUGUUCUGCAAAGGUUCCCCGAUGAUGUGAACCCUGUCACCAAGGAGAAGGGGGGUCCUCGGGGUCCAGAGCCCACCCGCUACGGAGACUGGGAGAGAAAGGGCCGCUGUGUCGACUUCUAGUCCAGCAGUCAUGAAUGUGAUAUAUCACACCUGUAUAUAACCAGUGGCACUAUAUAAACCAGUGAUACACAUACAAAGACACAAAGUGUGACUCUGACUGUGACUCUAUUUAUACUGACAGGGAACAAAGAGAUCUGUCAGCAUAUAUUAUGGACAACAUUUGAAACCUGAGCAUAGUGGUUUGAUUUAUUUCAAAAAAGGAACGAGACGGCAAUGAGAAACUUAAUAAGAC